GGAGUGCCAUGCUGUUUGGCCUCUUGCCGGGGAGUUGAUAAUCAGGCAGGGAGAGGAGGCUGGGGAACCACACUUGCCCUGCUUGCUCACCUACUGUCAUCUGAUUUCAAGGGCGCCCUGUGUGUGCUGGGGGGAGGUAGAGAUGGCAGAUUACCUGAUCAGCGGGGGGACCUGCUAUGUGCCGGAUGAUGGGCUCUCAGCUCAGCAGCUCUUCGGAGCCGGAGAAGGGCUCACCUACAAUGACUUUCUCAUUCUCCCUGGGUACAUUGACUUCACAGCCGAUCAAGUGGACCUCACCUCGGCUCUCACCAAGAAAAUAACCUUAAAGACACCCAUGGUUUCCUCACCGAUGGAUACAGUAACGGAAGCUAAUAUGGCCAUCGCUAUGGCGCUAACAGGAGGCAUUGGAAUUGUACACCAUAACUGCACACCAGAAUUCCAAGCAAACGAAGUUCGCAAAGUAAAAAAAUAUGAGCAGGGUUUCAUCACAGAUCCUGUUGUGUUGAGUCCCAAACACAGAGUGCGAGAUGUAUUUGAGGCAAAAGCCCGGCAUGGCUUCUGUGGAAUACCAAUCACAGACAAUGGGAAGAUGGGCAGCAAACUGGUAGGAAUAAUCUCAUCCAGAGACAUAGAUUUUCUGACGGCAGAGGAGCACGAUUCAGCUCUUAGUGAGAUUAUGACAAAACGGGAAGAUCUCGUUGUUGCUCCCGCUGGAGUUACCUUAAAAGAAGCCAAUGAAAUCUUACAAAGGAGUAAAAAAGGUAAGCUACCUAUUGUUAAUGAGGAUGAUGAACUGGUCUCAAUUAUUGCUCGUACUGACCUGAAGAAAAACAGAGAUUACCCACUCGCCUCCAAAGAUUCAAAGAAACAACUGCUGUGUGGUGCGGCCAUCGGUACACACGAAGAUGAUAAAUACCGGCUGGAUCUCUUGGUGCAAGCUGGGGUAGACGCCGUUGUCCUUGAUUCUUCACAAGGAAACUCAAUUUACCAGAUAAAUAUGAUAAAGUACAUUAAGGAGAAAUACCUGGACAUGCAGGUCAUUGCUGGAAAUGUGGUGACGGCUGCCCAAGCGAAGAAUUUAAUUGAUGCUGGAGCAGACGCCUUAAGAGUGGGAAUGGGAAGCGGCUCAAUUUGUAUCACACAAGAAGCUGCACCAACGAUCCCUCCAGACCUAAAGUCUCACAGCCCCAAAUGCCCUUCUAGUGUGACAGGCACUUAUAUGCUGGCGUGCGGUAGGCCUCAGGCCACAGCAGUAUACAAAGUUUCUGAGUAUGCAAGGAGGUUCGGCGUCCCUGUAAUAGCAGAUGGCGGUAUUCAGUCUGUUGGGCACAUUGCUAAGGCUCUAUCCCUUGGAGCAUCUACAGUCAUGAUGGGGUCACUGUUAGCUGCCACCAGUGAGGCCCCUGGUGAAUUCUUCUUCUCUGAUGGCAUACGGCUAAAGAAGUAUCGUGGCAUGGGAUCGCUGGAUGCCAUGGACAAAAACUCAAGCAGCCAGAAGCGAUACUUCAGUGAAGCUGAUAAAAUUAAAGUGGCUCAGGGUGUCUCUGGGGCUGUCCAAGACAAGGGAUCCAUUCACAAGUUUGUUCCAUAUUUAAUUGCUGGAAUCCAGCACUCCUGCCAGGAUAUCGGUUCAAAGAGCUUAACACAAGUCCGAGCAAUGAUGUACUCUGGUGAACUUAAAUUUGAGAAAAGAACAAUGUCUGCACAGGUGGAAGGAGGAGUGCACGGACUUCAUUCGUAUGAGAAGAGACUGUUCUAAAGACAUUAAAAUGUGACAAUUUCUUCACCUGAUGCCAGCUACGACCUACAGCGCAUGAAUGUCUCAGCUACUUUCACUGCAUGCCUUCAACAGCGAGUGUUUCUGAUACAGCACUUGCUCGACCUCACUGAAAGGAAUUCUGGCUACUGCAGGGGCUAUAAGAUGAAAGGCUACUAUUACGUACUGUACAGGGGUUUGAAAUAAAACUCUGAAACAUCUCA